AUGUUUGCGACCGAGUCGUUCGAUAUCCCGGUUCGGGCCAACGAGCCGGGGUUCACGGCCCACGAGCUGCAGGAGCUCUUGUCCUUCUUCGAUUCUACUGCGACGGGUAGCCCGAACUCAAAUUCCGGUUCGGAAGGGUCGGACCGGUCCGUUUACAACGUGGACGAGAGGAAGCGGAGGCGGAUGGUGUCGAACCGGGAGUCCGCCCGACGGUCCAGGUGGAGGAAGAAGAGGCAUUUGGAGAAACUGACGGAGCAGGCGAACCGGUUGAACCUGGAGAACCAGGAGCUGAAGUACGCGUUGGGUUCGACCCUGAGCCAGUGCAACGUGGUUUGGAAGGCGAACCAGCGGCUGAGAUCCGAGUCGGUUGUCCUACGUGGCAGGUUGACCGGUUUGUGCCGGACGUUAGCCGCCAUGCACGGCCAUGCAGUGAAUUAUAACGGAGCCCCAAAUUACUCGGACCGUUCGUAA